AUGGGAGAAAGUGCUCUCCCUGACAUUAUAUUCAAAGAGUUGGUAACUAAUCCUUCUGAAUAUUCUCGUAUUUUAUCUAUUCAAAGUCAUGUGGUACAUGGAUAUGUGGGAAAUAAGUGUAGCGUCUUCAUAUUGCAACUGCAUGGUUAUGAUGUUGACCCAAUAAAUUCAGUGCAACUUUCUAAUCACGCAGGUAUACUCUUCGAUGAUGUUGGCUAUAAGUAUGUGAAAGGUCAAAAACUGGAUAAUAUCCAGCUGAGAGAUAUUUACGAUGGUCUACAACUUAACGAAAUUAACAAUUAUUCACAUAUUUUGACAGGAUAUUGUGGAGAUGCAUCUUUUUUGCUCGAAAUAGCAAAUAUUGUAAAAGCUUUGAAAAAAAAAAAUCCGGCGGUGCUUUUCUACUGUGAUCCUGUGAUGGGGGACAAUGGUCGUUAUUAUGUUCCAAAAGAAUUGAUGCCAAUCUAUCGAGACAUUUUGGUUCCUAUGGCUGAUGUAAUCACACCCAAUAUUUUUGAAUUAUCAGAACUUAUUGGUUUUUCAAUAAAUAACGAGACUGAUUGCUUAAAAGCAAUUAACCUGAUGCAUGAAAGUGGUAUCAAAACAGUGGUAGUUACAAGUGGUUUAGAGACAUCAACUACUAAAUUUUGUUAUGGAUCUGUUUAUAAAGAGGAUACUAAGCAGUCAGUGCAGUAUCGUUUUGAUAUACCAAUCAUACCUGGUAUGUUUGUGGGUACGGGUGACAUUUUCGUCAGUUUACUUCUUGUUUGGAUGGAUAAAUUGAAAGGUGAUAUCUGUCUGGCUAUCCAGAAAGUUAUCGGUAGUUUGCAAGGAUUACUUCGAAAAACUGCACAAAAAGCAUAUUGUGCGUUAUUUAUUUGUUAUAAUUGUAUUUUAUUGCUCUUUACAUCAAAAUAA